GAGCUUCACUUUUUCUAACCCUACCCAUUGUCCAAAAACCCAUCACCAUCACUGGAUCCGAAGAUCACCUCGAUCUCAUGUCAUCCUCCGCCACCGCCCCUCAACCACCUCCUCCUCCGCCGUCAGCCCCCACGGCGGCGCCGGUGAAAAAAACUGUUGUGAUCCGUUCCGUUUGGUCUAACAAUCUCGAAUCUGAAUUCUCCUUGAUCCGUAGCCUAAUCGACCGUUAUCCCUUCGUUUCUAUGGAUACUGAGUUCCCUGGCGUCAUUUUCCGGCAGGAUAUACGCUCUCGGAACCCUAGUGAUCACUACCAUACUCUGAAAUCCAAUGUGGAUGCUCUUAAGCUCAUCCAGGUUGGUCUCACUCUCACUGAUGCUGCCGGUAACCUGCCAUACCUCGGCUGUGCCUAUGGAUUCAUAUGGGAGUUCAAUUUUUGUGAUUUUGACGUGGCGUGUGACGAUCACGCGCCAGGAUCAAUCGAGCUGCUCCGUCAGCACGGGCUGGACUUUGACAAGACGCGUGACCAUGGUGCUAACACCACGCGCUUUGCUGAGUUGAUGAUGUCGUCCGGAUUGGUCUGCAACGAUGCUGUGACGUACAUCACUUUUCACAGCGCGUAUGAUUUUGGCUACCUUAUUAAGGCCCUAACAGGUCGUGAACUGCCAGGUGCAUUGACGGAGUUUCAUGAAUUGCUGAUGGUCUUUUUUGGGAACAGGGUUUAUGAUGUGAAACACUUGAUGAUGUUUUGCCACAACCUUUAUGGUGGAUUGGACCGGGUUGCAGCUACUCUUAUGGUGAAUCGGAUGGUGGGGAAGAGUCAUCAGGCCGGGUCUGAUAGCUUGCUGACCUGGCAUGUGUUUCAGAAACUGAGGGAGGUCUACUUUGAGGACAAUGAGGCGCUGACAGAGAAGUAUGCUGGUGUUCUCUAUGGGUUAGAGGUCCUUUCUCCGUAGCUCCUUGUAGAUGUAGACUUCUAUUUUCAGAAUUUCUGUACAAUCCUUUUUCUUAAUCCAAAGAAGUUUUAGUUUGGUUAAUUUUGUGUCCCUUUA